AGAAGGAAGGAAAGAAGGAAAGAAGGAAGGAAAGAAGGAAAGAAGGAAGGAAAGAAGGAAGGUGCCCGUCCUGGACACGCCAUGGCCGCCCGCACCGUGCCCCACGCCUACCCCAUGAGCUCCGAGUAUGAGUUCGCCAACCCCAGCAAGAUCUACGACCAGAACUUUGGAGAAGGUGUGUCCCCAUCGGAGAUUUUAGCCCCUGCCCUGUACCACGGCUACUACAUCCGGCCCCGGAUCAACAAGCAGCUGGAGAGGGGCACCUCGGAGAUCUGCCUGAACGAGCACAAGUUCCAGGUGUUCCUGGACGUCUGCCAGUUCCUGCCCGACGAGCUCAGCGUGCGCACCGUGGACAACCUGCUGGAGGUGGCGGGGCAGCACCCGCAGAAGGCUGACCGCCACGGCUUCGUCUCCAGGGAGUUCACCAGGACCUACAUCCUGCCCCUGGACGUGGAUCCCUUGCUGGUCAGGGCCACCCUGUCCCACGAUGGCAUCCUGAGCAUUGUGGCUCCCCGGACGGGCAAGGAGGUGAAGGCCAGAGUCAACGAGGUGAAGAUAACCCAGCAGGAGCAGCCAGUGGGGAAAGAAGAACAGGCUGAGGAAGGAAAAGAGAAGGAAAAAUCCUAAAGGCUGCAGAUCUGGGAAGGUGGGGGGGACAGGGAUGGGGAAUCCGCAGUGCCAGACCCCUGUUUCUCACCAUCAGUGUUUAGCAGGGCGCUGAGGCAGCCACACUUCUGCUGCUCGAGGCUGAUGGCUGGGAACAAAAGGGACCUGGAACUGGAAAAAAGGAGUGGGACUGAAGUGUGAGUGUGAGUGACUGUAAUGCAAGUUUUCUCCUAGGCCAGGUGACCGUGAAGGGAGCUCUGCUCUCACCCAGGGUCACUCCUACCCUGAACUGUGAGGCUGUGUCUCAAUGGACUGCGCUCCAGUCCAGAAGGGCACUGGGAAGACAGAAAAGGGGAUCCCAGUGCCUGGCUUCUGAGCUGGAGGCUGAGAUUCGUGGCUGUGCAAGGUGGGUGUUGCUCUGUAAAAGCGCCUGCAGCAAUCAGGAGGAGAGGGGAAUAAAUCUGCCUCUGCUCUUGUCUUGUUUGCCUUGGAUUCGUGUUGCUCCUGUGCAGCAGGAAGGAUGGACAGUGCCCAGCUGGGGCUGAGCUCACCUGUGGAAGUGGCACCAGUGGGGACAUGGAGGGACUGUGGCCACCUCUGGGCCUCACCCCCUGGCCCAGCUGCUGGUUUAGGGAGCCCAGAGUGAAGUGACCUCAAGGACAAGGUGAGGAGUGAUGAGCCCUUGGAAGGUCCCUGAGCAUCUCCAGAGCUGCAGCUGGAAUGAGCCCGAGUUAAUGGGGCACAGAUUAAUGCCCAGCCACAGCCUGUGCCUGCUCAGCCCUUUAGUUACAUCCUUCCCACACAGACCUUUGUGGUGAGGGGACUGAACCCAAAACACUGAAGGGAGAGGCUC